AUGGCCACGUCAUUUGCAAACUUUUCGUUCGAUCGACUAGCGACACAAAUGGGUGCAAAAUUGGAUCCAAGUCUGCGCCAACAUCUGUCCAAGGUGUACGGAUGUUUAGCUGCAACUUGCAGUAUGGCCACCGUCGGGUCGUUGAUCCACCUGUCGGGUAUUUGGGAGGCGGGUUUGCUAAGCGCCAUCGCCUCACUCGGACUCAUCCUGGGGAUGGUUUUCACACCAGACAAUGGCAAAAAUUUGGUAACGCGCUUUAGCAUGCUGAUGGGAAUUGGACUCUUCACCGGACAUUCGUUGGGAUUGCUGCUCGAGCAGGUUAUUUACAUGAAUCCGGCCAUCGUCGUAACGGCGCUUAUCGGUACAACGACAAUCUUUACCUGCCUGACAGCGUCCGCGUUCUUCGCUAAGCGCGGCAAAUACCUGUACCUCGGCGGCAUUCUUAUGAGCGCCCUGAGCACGAUGGCUCUCAUCAACCUUGGAAACCUAUUCUUCCGCUCGUACAUCGUGCAAGACAUUUCCCUCUACCUCGGACUGAUCGUGAUGGCCGGCUUUGUUCUGUUCGACACACAUAUGAUCAUGGAGAAGCAUCGCAUGGGUAACAAAGACUUCAUCGGCCAUUCCCUGGACCUGUUCUACGAUGUAAUCAGCAUUUUCCGCCGUCUGCUGGUCAUUCUUGCCCAGCGAGAGGAUAACAACGAGCGCAGAAAGCGAAAGAAUUAA